UCUAAUCUUGUAUUUAUAUUAACUGCAAUUGUUUAUAUUGGUAAAAUUUUACCCUGUGCAAAAAUCAGAUUUAAACAAUUCUUUUAACAUGUAGAAUUUUAAAGAACUUUAUUGUUCCUUAUCAAGUAUGCUGUGGUGUCUUUGUUUAUUUAUACUUUUUGCACGAGUUUCUCGUGUUGAUUCAGAAGGACCUAAAGAGUGUUUGCCGAACGAUUUACAGGGGUGUUCGUGCAAGUUUUCUGACGAUAGUGGAAUUAUUGAUCUGACAAGUCUUGGGACAUCCGAUAAUACACCAAGAUUCAAAGAUGUUCAAGGACAAGAUAGUAAUGUUUACUCAUUCAGCGCGUGCAAUGCCUUUACAGAAGGAAAAUGUGUUAAUGCCGCUAUGUGCAUGCAAGAAGAGGGUUAUCAAACAGUGAUUGGGGAGCCCGGGAGAACAUUGUUCAAGUACGAUCCUGGAACCGAGAGUGUAACGGCCGCAUAUGUGGUCAGAGGUAGCCUUAUAAUGGUAUCUGAAGUUGAGUUGGUCUGUGAUCCGGCCGCGUGUGAUCCUGUAUUUUUACCUCAAGGACAAUCAACUGUAGGCCUUUUCAAUUUCCAGCUCACUCAUGUUUGCGCGUGUCCUGGACUAUGCAACGAGAAGGGACCGAUCAACUGUGUUCCAAAGUCCGGCACCGGAAGUGGUUUAGGUUUCGGCUAUGUAUUUAUAAUUGUAUGCUUAUGUAUUGCGUUAAUGUAUUUUGCUGUUGGUACUGUAUUCCAAAAAGUAAAGUACAAAGCGACUGGAACCGAUCUCGUUCCGAACAAAGACAGGUGGAAAGGUUUAUUUGGUCUAAUAACUCUUGGAUUUAGAUUUACCUUCAGCAAGUGUUUGCCAAAGAAAUACCAGUAUAAUGACAUAAAUUGAACAGUCUCAACGCUUCAUUUGUGCGACUUAUUCAUCAAAGGAAGAUAACAGAAAAUUAACUGGAAAAAAUUAAGAUUAUUUUGUUAAUAUUAUUGUUAUAUACAUAUAAACAUUAAGAUUUUGCAAUGAAAUCCGACAAAACAAACUUACAUUAUUAUAAGAGAUUAGGUUUAUGUGAAGCAAAAACAACUCUAAAACACUCAAACACAUGACUUUUUAAAGACUAUUUUUUUGUUUUAAAUUGUUAUGUCAUUAUUUUAUGAGCAAUGAUAUUCUGUUUUUUUCUAGCAUUGUACCAGAUAUAAUGCCAAAAAAAAAAUUAAAAAUUAAAUUCACUUACAUUAAUUUAUUGUUGAAUUAAGUCGAGUAUUCGUCAUAAUUCAUUAUUAGAUGACAAUAUAAAUUGACAUUAUAUGACAUCAAUUAUUAUAAUAGUCAAUUAUAUGACAUUUUUCAUUAUGAUAAUCAAUUUUAUGACAUGGUUCAUUAUUAUAGUCAAUUACAUGUUAUGAAUUACUGUAUAAGUGGUUAAUUUGCGACGUGGAAAUAUUUGCGAUUUUUCGCGAUUCGAAAUCUUUUGCAAAUAUAUGAUGGCGCAAAAAUUAUUUCUUUUUUCGCAAACUUUCUUCUAUAAUUUGAAAACAUGAUUUUUACAUCAUCUUACAUAAAUAAGUUUGACUGUUCAGGUACUGAAAUUAAUUUUCCUCAUUGCUUGUUGUUUAUGUUUGGUCUUAAAAAAUCACAAGUGUUUUAAUGAAACAAAAUAUAUGUUAAUAACACAGUAGGUUAUUCAUAUAACAAAAUAAUGUUUUAGAAUAUGACAAAAAUUGUGUGAUCAAGUCUUAUCAAACAAACAAUGAUAUCAUAUACAGUAUAAAAUUUAAGAAAUCAUAUUUGCCCGCAAAAUGUCCACUUUUUAACAUACGCAAUUUUUUUGUUAAACAUAAAUAUCCACUAAUACAGUAUAUGACACUGCCCAUAACUAUUGUCAAUUAUAUGACAUCUUAUUAUAGUCUAUUAUAUCACAUCUAAUUAUAGUCAAUUAUAUGACAUCGUUCGCUUUUGUAGUUAAAUAUAUUGUCGUUGUUCAUAAAUAUAGUCAAAUUUA